UCCUCUUGAUCCGCCGCCGACGAGACCCGGAUUGACCACGCCCCCCAUUCAAUCCCCGGGGACACGUUAAUCCGUCGACACUGCAGCAGCUCUCGCCGGUCGCGCUGAUCCGGUCCUUGGCAGCAGCAGCAGCCGCCUCCCCGCUUCUCGUUCUUGCAUACCCACUUCAGACGUGGGUGGUAGGUGAGGUUGGUGAGCGAGCUACUGUGUUGUAGAGAUCAAAGACUGAAACAUGGCUACCCUGUCUCGACUGCGUUACAACCCGAGUCACAACCCACUUGCCGGGCACCGUAGCUUCGCCGAUAACCGCCAUCGUAUCAGCAGUAACCCGUCUGCGGUUGCCUUCUCACCUUCCUCAUCCUCUCUCAAUCCUCAAAACCUGUCCUGUCUCCUUCCAGAGAUAAAGCCUGUCCAGGCCAAAUUGCAUGCGAAGUUUGAUUUUUCAUGUGGUGGCGGAGGUGGCAACAGUGGGGUUGGCCAUGGGAGCAGCGGCGGCGGCGGCGGCGACGACGACGACAGUGGCGGGUGGAGUGGGGAUGGCAGUUCUGAUGAGUCCUCGUCCCCAUUCGCAGGUCUGGGAAUUUUGGGCCUUUUCCUCAAUGGGUGGAGAUCCAGAGUUGCUGCAGAUCCCCAAUUUCCAUUCAAGGUCUUGAUGGAGGAAUUAGUGGGGGUCAGUGCAUGUGUUCUUGGAGAUAUGGCUUCUCGCCCCAAUUUCGGGCUAAAUGAGCUCGAUUUCGUGUUCUCGACUCUCAUUGUUGGAUGCAUACUGAAUUUCACUCUUAUGUACCUCUUAGCGCCCACUGCAUCUGCGGCAUCCUCCAGUCUCCCUGCCAUUUUUGCUAGUUGCCCGAAGAGUCACAUGUUUGAACCCGGCGCUUUUGGCAUAGUUGAAAGAUUUGGGACUUUUGUGUACAAAGGGACGGUUUUUGCUGCGGUCGGGUUUGCUGCUGGCCUUGUAGGGACAGCUAUCUCGAAUGGCUUGAUCAAGAUGAGGAAGAAGAUGGAUCCUAAUUUUGAGACACCAAAUAAGCCUCCCCCGACCGUCCUGAAUGCAGCCACAUGGGCAAUUCACAUGGGUUUGAGCAGCAAUUUCAGAUACCAAACUCUGAAUGGCAUUGAGUUCUUGCUGGAGAAGUGGCUUCCCCCACUGGGCUUCAAGACAUCUGUAGUGGCUCUGAGGUGCGCGAACAAUGUGCUUGGUGGGAUGACGUUUGUUAUAUUAGCUAGGUUGACAGGAUCACAGAGUAUCGGGGAAGGGAAGCCUGACAAAGUCGAAGACGGGUUGGUUUCAGAGAAGGGGAAGUUGGUUGUUGGGGAAGCUGAGGAUGUCCCGGGCAAUGAGAACAGUUGCAAGUGAUGUAGGCUUAAUUAUAUCCGUGUUGCUCUUUCAAAGUUCUCUAUAACCAUAGGCCUUAUCUGUUCAUAGCUUUGAUCAAAGGCUGCAAUAAAGUUUGAAGAGGUGGGUGUUACUGGGUGGUCUUGAUUAUGGCUUGGACCUGAUGUGCCAUGUAUUUGUUCCUACGAAAUCAUCUUUUUGGCUUUAA